AGAAAAUUAACCCCAACUUAUUCAAACUGAGACGCAUUUCUCAAUCAGAAAACUUCCUCAGGGACCUGCAUUUCAAAAACCUUCCGAUCAAAACAAAGGCAAAAGUAACCAAAAAAAAAAAUCAAAAAGAAAAAAGGGAAGAAACAGAACCGGAGGCAGAGAGAAGCAAAAAAGCGAAACAGAGAAGGAGAGAGAGAGAGGGGUAGGGGUUCAGGUUUGUGGGUUUGUUGGUGAUGACUAUGGACAGAGAGAAGGAGAGAGAGAUAGAGCUAGAGAGUGCAAUGUACACUAACUGUUUGCUAUUAGGGUUGGAUCCGGCCAUUAUCGGACUCGGAGGCUCCAAUGCCACUCCUCGGGUCGGAUUCUUCCGCCACUCUAACCCUAAAUUGGGCGAACAGCUGCUCUACUUCAUUCUCUCUUCUCUCAGAGGCCCAAUUCAAUCCGCCAAGGAUUUCGAUAAAGUCUGGCCAAUUUUCGAUUCCGCUCAAUCGCGGGAUUUUCGAAAGGUUGUGCAAGGGAUCAUUAGUGAGCUCGAAUCGCAAGGGGCGCUUCCUAGGAGCAAUUCGAGGGUUUCAUCACUUGCUACAUGUUGCGGACCCAGGUUUGUAGAACUUCUGUGGCAACUUUCUUUGCAUGCUUUGCGAGAGGUUCAUAGGCGAACAUUUUCAGCUGAUGUAGCUUCUAACCCACUUCCGGCAUCAUUGACGGAUGUAGCCUUUUCACAUGCAGCUACUUUACUUCCUGUUACUAAGGCUAGAAUAGCACUUGAACGAAGAAGGUUUAUUAAGAAUGCGGAAACAGCAGUACAGAGACAGGCUAUGUGGUCCAAUUUGGCUCAUGAGAUGACUGCGGAGUUUCGUGGUCUUUGUGCUGAAGAGGCUUAUUUACAGCAAGAGCUGGAAAAGUUACAUGACCUUAGGAACAAAGUGAAGUUGGAAGGGGAACACUGGGAUGACCUUGUUUCUAGUUCGAGUCAGAAUUCCCAUUUAGUAUCCAAGGCUACUCGUUUGUGGGAGUCUAUAUUAGCCCGUAAAAGUCAACAUGAAGUUCUUGCUUCAGGCCCUAUUGAGGAUUUAAUAGCUCACAGGGAGCAUAGGUACCGCAUCUCUGGAUCUUCUUUGCUUGCGGCUAUGGAUCAGAGUUCUCAGGUUCCUUAUGGAGAUGUCUUAUCUGUCCAAUCUGGUGAUUUUAAUCCAACACAUGUGGAUGACAAAGAAAAAAAUGAUGGAUCGUAUGUCAAUGUUAAUAGAGAAAAGAUGAAGAGCAAUUCAGAUUCAUCCCAUUCACAAGUAAAUGAUGAAGCACUUCAUCGAGCAGAUGAAAGAAGUGGAAGAGUCCACCCAACAGUUGACGUGGCAGAAAUUAUAAGGCGUUGGACACAUGCUUUACAGCGUAUUCAUAAACAGUCACUUCAUAUGGCAAAAGCUAACGAGGGAGAGGGUCCAGAAAUUUUAAGAAGUGCACAUGAUGGCAGUUCAAGUGGUCAUGCUGAGUCUUUAGCUGCAACUCUUGCUGAACAUCAGCAACACUUGGUUAGCUUUCAGGUUCUCAUUAAUCAACUGAAGGAAGUUGCUCCGGCAAUACAAAAGUCAAUAUCAGAAUGUACAGAUAAAGUAGAUAGCAUUUCCUCUAGUCUGCCUCCAAUGACCAAACAUCCUGGUCGCUCAACCUCACCUAUUCAAGCACAGAGCAGUGGAAGGGCAUUGGAAAGCAACACUGAUGAUGUGGCUGAGGUGACUUCAAAAUUGUCUACCUUUCAGCUUGAAAAGGUGUCAGCUAGCCCUACUUUAAAGCUCCCACAGUUGUUUACCUUGACUCCUAACUCUUCUGGGAAAGGUGCAAGUAUGAAUAAGCGCCCUGCUUCAGCUUCUCAAACAAAUCAAAUAGAGAACUUUUCUGAAAGGAAAUCUGUGGAGCAGCCUAUAUCAAAUAAUCACAUAGAUAAUCUACCACAAGAUAGUGAUAAUUAUUUUGUCCAGAAUCUAAAGAGAUCUGUCAGAGAAGCUGCUCUGUCACGGAACUCCUUAAAUUCCGAAUCAUCACGAGGCAGCCAUUCUGAUGAAAGCUCUGAGCAUUUCUUUUUACCUCUUUCCUCAUCUGGGUUUUCUCAUCAAGGCCAAGAAUCUAAAGGGGUUUCCUUGAGGAGUAAAAGGUUUGCAUCUCAGACAGAGGCUUCCUUGCUUGAAAAUCGUGCUUCUGAUGGUCAUAUGGAGAGCAAAUACGCUGAAUUGUCUCAAGUUUUGAAUGGUUUAGAUUCACUUGAUGAUUAUGAUCAAGUAAAUGGGUUUCUUUCGGCUACGGGUUCAAACUGUGCUGCUUCGGACACACAAAGAUCAUUUUAUGACUUCGAGGAAGCUCAGGAGCAGGUUUUCUCGCCUCCUUUGCUAAUGGACUCAUCACUGUUAGCGGAUUAUGAGGACUUGCUUGCGCCACUUUCAGAAACUGAUACAGCAUUAAUGGAGCACUGACAUUGAAUAUUGAGCAACCUUAAUUUUUGAUUGAGGAGAUAUUUGGUCGCUGUGAUGGUUUUGGUUCCAUUUCUCGGGACACUUUCCACUUCCCAAGUAAUUGUUGACAUGCUUGUAUGAUUUAUUUGAUGUUCUGUACAUUUUCACCCUCCAGCUCAGCACAGUGUUUGGAGGGAACUAUGAACCUGCUAGCAGUGCUGUUGUACAUGCAUGACAAAUGCUCGGAGAUGAUUGUAUUGUGUUGAAACUCCAACCUGGAUCUUAGAACCCUAAAAUCCAAAGCCCCAACCUGAUUGUAUCAUGCUGCAGACAAAUUAUAUGGGGGUGAUUUUGUCCACGGAUGCUACAAAAACUACCUCAUCUGAUUGCUUGGUGGGUAUAAGUUAAAAAGAGGGUGAAUCACGCACGUGCAGUUCUUAUUAGCCCGAAGGUGUGCAUCAAUACUUCUUUCUUUGAGUAUCAAGUUUCAGUUACCUGACAAGAUUGAUUGUUGGUCUGAUUUAUAUGUAUCUGAUUAAUCUGACAUAAAUGUAAGUUGCUGAAACAACAGAAUUGAGAAAUUGUUGUUGAACCAUAGGAUAACUUUUUUUUUCUUCUUCAUUAUUCUUUCAGUAGGGUAUAUUUCUGUUAAAAUGCUGGAAUUGUGAGUAUCAAGUUAGUCCAUUUUGUCUUC